AUGGUUAUUGUGCAGAGGCGCUUGAUGGAAUCGAAUUACUUCCUAAUAAUUCAUUUACUAUAGUUUAGGAAUAAAAAUUUUUAGAAAGAUGUGCUGUUGUAGAUGAAAAUGAAUCAUAAUGUAUUUACCCUAGAUUUGGAUAUGUUUUAGAUGUUUAGACAGGUCAUCUCUUUCAAGAUACUGAAAUUACUUUCUGUGCUCUGUAUGAUUCAAUAAUUGAUGAUUGCUUAGAAUUUUAACCAAUGUUUGUUAGAAUUCAUAAUACAAAAUAAGGAGCUUAUUUAGGUGAUUAAUUUAUAAAUUCUAAAUUAAUAUCGAAUAACUCAACAUCAUUGUAAAUAACUUGUUAAGAAGGUUUAAUUUAUUUAAAAAAUAAUGCUAUUGAUAAUGAAGAAGGAUGUUAUUAAAAUAUCUAAACUAAUAAUAGAAAAAAUUGUGAAGUAAUAUAUGGCUAACCAAAAUUUUAAAUCUGCAAAUCAUGUGAAAAAGAAUAUGCAUUAAGGGAUGACAAAAUGGUUUGCGAAAAAAUAAUUCCAAAUUGCAAAGAAUUCAUGA